CCUGGCCCGCACGAUGAGUGCCCUGGGCAGCCCCGUGCGGGCCUAUGACUUCCUGCUCAAGUUCCUGCUGGUGGGCGACAGCGACGUGGGCAAGGGCGAGAUCCUGGCAAGCCUGCAAGACGGAGCGGCCGAGUCCCCGUAUGGUCACCCGGCAGGGAUCGACCACAAGACCACCACCAUCCUGCUAGACGGGCGGCGGGUGAAGCUGCAGCUGUGGGACACCUCAGGGCAGGGAAGAUUCUGUACCAUAUUCCGCUCCUACUCCAGGGGCGCACAGGGUGUGAUCCUGGUCUACGACAUUGCAAACCGCUGGUCCUUCGAUGGCAUCAACCGAUGGAUUAAGGAGAUCGAUGAGCACGCACCUGGUGUGCCCCGGAUCCUGGUGGGGAACCGCCUGCACCUGGCAUUCAAGCGGCAGGUGCCCACCGAGCAGGCCCGUGCCUAUGCUGAGCGGCUGGGUGUGACCUUCUUCGAGGUCAGCCCGCUGUGCAAUUUCAACGUCACAGAGUCCUUCACAGAGCUGGCCAGAAUCGUGCUGCUGCGGCACGGCAUGGACCGGCUCUGGCGGCCCAGCAAGGUGCUGAGCUUGCAGGACCUGUGCUGCCGCGCCGUGGUGUCCUGCACACCCGUGCACCUGGUGGACAAGCUCCCACUGCCCCUGGCCUUGAGGAGCCACCUCAAGUCCUUCUCCAUGGCCAACGGCCUGAACACCAGGAUGAUGCAUGGCCGCUCCUACUCCCUCAUGGCCAGCGCCCCGCACAAGAGGACGAGCUUGCGCAAGGCCAAGACCACCCGUGCCCCACAGAGUCCCCCAGGAAACUGUGCUAGAAACAGCUGCAAGGUCUCCUAGGGAGAUGGCCAGUGAGAUGGUGCCUUUCCUGGGGAGCCAGCACCCUGCACCUGGGCCUGAGCCAGACAGACUCAGGAUGCUCAUCCCCUCCUGCCACGCUGCUGCCUCGGCUGCGUGUGGCCAGUGGGAAGCACGGACACCUGUUCGGUGUGACUGUCCUGUCCACACGAUGUGCAUGAAGCUCUUGUUCUCGACUUGUGUUUCUCCAGGGAAAGUUAGUGCCCUGUUCAGCUCUCGAUAACAUGAAAUUUUGAAUGCUACUUUUGUCACUAUUUGCAGUGCAACUUUUUCCUUAAAAUUACUGUUUUUAUGAGACGAGAUGUACACAUUCAAGGGAGUACACAUUCAAGGGAGUUUGAGAAGCAGUGAUGGUGAGGUAAUCCAGCAUUGUUGCUCUUACAGGAGGGGCUAUUUUGUAAACCUUUUUAACGUCAAAUCACCGAUUUAUAAAAUGCUGCAGAGGGACAGAGAUGAAGUACAACAGAUCUGUCCAGUUAGGGUAGAAAAUGCAUUUGAUACGUUUUUGCUAUGUUGUUUACUACAUUUUGGGAUCAAUAAGUGAUUUCUAUGCAUAUUUUUCUGUAAACCUACAUCUUUUUUGUACAAUGUGUUCUACAAGAUAUGAAGCUACAGGAAGUAAAUGCCAAAGAUAUCUCUUGUGAUACUGAACAUAGCCAACACAGUUCCAACAGUUUGGCAAGGAGGAAGCUGUUUCAGUAAAGAAUGAAGUAAAAACACUACUAUUUAAGAACUGUUUCUCAACAAUAAAGCACAUACCUGUCCCUCUUGGUAGC